GAGAUUUAAAAAAAGGCGCAGAAGAAGCGUGAAACGUUUGGAGGAGUUCUAUGGUUGAGUGAUAGUUUUUGUUUUGUAAAAUGUAUAGGUAAUAUUUCGGCUAAAAGAUUCAUUCAGUAUUGUUUUCGGCUCAUUUUAUUGGGAGUUGUUUGGUUUACCUGUGAAACCCUCGUUGUUAUGAUCACUAAUCGCCCACUCCUGCAGUGAAUGUGUGAUAUACUUUCAGGGGGAAAUGAUUUGAGCCUCUCAAAGAACUAGAGAGUCUGCAAGAUUCACCCAACUAACGCCAUCUGAAAAUCAUAAAAUGCCCAAGUGUGUAGCAUAUGGCUGUGGAAAGUCAUACCGGUACAAUGUUAGUAUGUUCAGGUUUCCCAAAGAUCGUGGUGAGUUUCUGAAAUGGGAGAAGCAGGUACAAAGAACUCGCCACAAAUGGGUUGCCAAGCCCUUCUCUUUCUUGUGCUCUGAACACUUUAGCAAGGACUGUUUUGAGCCCAGAUCUACCACAGUCACCAAGACCAUGGGUUCUAGAGGGCUCAAGCUGAAGGAAGGUGCCAUUCCAACUAUUUUUAACCGACCACCUUGCGCUAACUGUGGAGGCCAUGGCACCACCUGCGCAGUAUGCAGUCCAAAGGGGAAAAAACAAAAUGUGAACACGGAGUAUCAGAAACGGGACUCUGAAGGUCGGUCCUCUCUGAACGCAGACUUGGAUACACCAGAGAAAGAAAAGAAAACAAAGGAUAAAGAGCACAGUGAACAGCUUCCACCUGAUAAAGAUGGACAUAUCAGUCCCACAUUUGCCCCACUCUCUCCUGUGGAAUAUGCUGAUGAAUCAGUGGUUUGCGAGAUGUGUGGAAUUUCUGGAACUCGGGGCGCUUUUUACUCUAGAUCCAAGCGCUUCUGCAGUCCGUCUUGCUCCCGCUCCUUCUCCUCCAACUCUAAAAAAUCAUCUAUAAUGGCACGGUUACAGGGAAGGCCUCUUCGGAAAGCUCAUGCACCACAGAACAAUGCUGCUUCUCGGGUAGAAGUCACAGAACGUCAUCAUGGCAGUGCAGCUAUCAAGAAAGAUGCCUCUUCUGGUUUUAACUGGGGACUUUACCUUGAGAAACACGGCUGUCUCGCAGCCCCGGUGUCCUGCUUCAGACAUGUACCACUUUGUGCUCAAUGGGAGGACAUUGAGGUGGGAUUGCAAGUGGAGGUCCUGAAUACUCGCACUGCUUUACUCACCAAGGUUUACUGGAUUGCUACGGUCAUUCGGCUUGCUGGUUACAAGGCCCUAUUAAGAUACAUGGGUUUUGAAGAUGAUCAUCAUCAUGAUUUUUGGUGUAACCUGGGUACUGCUGAUGUCCAUCCUAUUGGCUGGUGUGCAGUGAACAGCAAACUACUUGUUCCCCCUCAGGAGAUCAAAAAACGUAUGAUUGAUUGGAAAUCAUACUUGAUGCAGAGACUUGUAGGAGCAUCUACAAUACCUGUGGAUUUUCAUGCUAUGAUGGCAGAUAGUAUGAAGUAUCCCUUCAGGCAGGGGGUCCGUGUAGAAGUAGUGGAUCGCUCUCUGGUUAGCCGAACCCGUACAGCAGUGGUAGACACUGUGAUUGGCGGCCGUCUAAGGCUCAUAUACGAAGAUGCAGGGCUUGGAGCCUCAGGAGAAGUGCUUUCAGAUUUCUGGUGCCACAUGUUCAGCCCCCUUAUACAUCCUGUAAACUGGUCCAUUAGAGUGGGUCAUCUCAUUAAGGACACAGAUAAGUCUGUUGAUAUGAGCAGUCAUCCAGCAUUCCGUAAGGUUUUCUGUGAUAGCGUGCCUUGUCAGUUCAAAAAGUUAAGGAGUGUUUAUAUGGAAGGAGGGUUUUUCAGAGUGGGCAUGAAACUGGAGGCCAUCGAUCCUCUGAACCUGGGGAACAUCUGCGUUGCUUCUGUUCGAAAGGUACUGUUCGACGGCUAUCUCAUGGUCGGGAUUGACGGUGUGGAGAUUGGAGAUGGUUCAGACUGGUUUUGCUAUCAUGCUAGCUCACAUGCCAUCUUACCCACAGGAUAUUGCCAGAAAAAUGACAUACCCCUCACUCUGCCCCCUGGAUAUGAUCAGGCAACCUUCACAUGGAUCAAAUAUUUGGAAGAAACUGGAGCAGAGGCUGCUCCACGCAGACUAUUUAACAUGGAUACUGUAGAGCACGGCUUUGCCCCAGGCAUGAAGCUGGAGGCAGUGGACCUAAUGGAGCCUCGGUUGGUGUGUGUGGCCACUGUGCAGCGCUGUGUGGGUUGCCUGCUUUUGCUGCACUUUGAUGGCUGGGAGUCAGAGUUCGAUCAGUGGGUGGACUGUGAAUCCCCUGAUAUCUACCCUGUGGGCUGGUGUGAACUCACUGGAUAUCAGCUUCAGCCCCCCAUUGGCCCAGAACCACAGGAACGUACAAGCAAAAAACCAGCGGGUAAAAAGAAGAGACGAUAUGUAAGGAAAAAAACAAGUGAUGACGCGUCAAAAACUUCAGCCCCUCAGCAAGAUGGACACCUCCAGUCAGACACUCUGUCUGUAUCUACUCAGCCCCAAGACCUGCCAGCUCUGCUUCCAGAGACAUCCACACACCCUGUGAACAUGCCAAUCAUCACUCUAAAAACUGAGCCAGAGGAAGAGAUUAUUUCCUUUAAAGUGAAAGUGGAGGAGAUGGAGAUGGAGACACCCAUCACCCCUGACCUUGAAGGCAAUGAAAGCACUGGAUUCCACACUCCUCCACCUUCUUUACUGAAAGAGGAACUUCUAGAGUGAAUAAUUACACUCCAGGAUACCUGGGUGCACAGAUUGCAUCAAAAAUCUACAUAGUGAUGGACAUUAAAAGAAAGAGGAGUGUUCAUUUAGUGCAAAAACCACCUCAGCUGAGCAAAAAACCAGAAAGACUUGCAGGAUUCAGGUUUUUAUUUUUUUAUAUAUAUUAUUUCUUGUUUUUUUGUACCUUUUUCCUCCCAAACACUACUGAAGCUCAUUUUCUGUCAGUUUGUUAAUACUGUUAAAGAAGAAAGAAAGCACAACUUUAUUCAUCACACACUUGUGAAAUUUCCUCUCUGCAUUUAACCCAUCUGAAGUAGUGAACACACACAUGAGCAAUGAGCGCACACACAUACCCAGAGCAGUGCGCAGCCAUGCUAAUAGCGCCCAGGGAGCAGUUGGGAGUUAGGUGCCUCGCUCAAGGGCACCUCAGCCCACGGCCGUCCCAUAUUAACCUAACUGCAUGUCUUUGGACUGUGGGGGAAACCAGAGCACCCGGAGGAAACCCACGCAGACACAGGGAGAACAUGCAAACUCCACACAGAAAGGCCCUCGCUGGCUGCUGGGCUCGAACCCAGAACCUUCUUGCUGAGGUGACCAUGCUAACCACUUACAAUAAUGGAGUACUGUAUAUUAAAAUAAGACGAUACUCAUAUCAUUGAGUGCUAAACUGCUAAAAACCUCUGAGUGUUUGAUCUAACGGACAACGUUUACUGUUAGGCAUCAUGUUAAUGGAAAAAAUAAGAUGUUUGUCUAUUGUUCAGUGUGAAACUAAGUAAAAUAUUUGUUAAUA